UUUAUUUAUUGGCAAGAUGCGGCGAUAAAAUUAAGUCCAUAUCUAAGAAUCUCUUCUAUUUGUUGCAGACGAAAUUUGACGCUCACCACUCAAGCCAAGUUCGGUGGCAAGUCAUUUGGUGACUGCUAUUGGAAGAGUGCAGCUUGUCUUUAACAGAAUGGAUAAUUAUGGUCAGGAGGUAGCAGAGGCAAAAAUCAGAGAAAAACUAAACACUGAUAAAGUAAAGUUAUGGCUUCCACCUUAUACAACUGCUGAAAAUCAACAAGGAGAGAUGCCCAAGGAUCUUAUCAAAAAGUAUGCAGCUGACUUGAUGCUGAGUGAAGAUAGUGUUUCCCAAAUUCUUGAGGACCUUCGUAAGCAUGCACUUGCUAAACUUGCUGAAAGAAACAAAUUCCAAGCAAGUGGAAUAGCAACACUAAAAAUAAAAGUUGCUUCAAAAGUUGGCAAACUGACAAAGCAGAUCAUCUCAGUAGAAAUCAGCCUGGACAAGACUGGAGCAGAACUCAAAAGGAUUGCUGCAGAAGAAGCUGAAGUAGAUUUGAGACACUUAAAACUGAUUGCGUCAGGAAAAGUCAUCAGUGACAAAGACCCCUUAAAGUUGCAGAAUAUUAAAAAUGGCAGUCAGGUGAUGCUGGUUGUUUUAUCAGGGCAUGAAGUUGCUUAUAUGGAUCAUCAUGAUGAGGAAGUCUCUGCUGUUUCAAAGACUCGAGAAGCAGCAGAGUUGCUGUCAAGCAGAGCCGAGGAGGAAGAUGAUGCCUUUGAUGUACAGAUUGCUGAUCAGAAAGGAAGACCACUUGCUUUACCAAAACAUGAAAAAAAGUCUCUCACACUGGCAAUGGCUCUGCAUGAAAAAGGACGACUGGCACUGAAGCAAAAACACUAUUCCCAGGCUCUUCUGUUGCUUCUUGAAGCAGACAAAUCCUUUGGGGCCUGCUCUGCUGAGAUCAUGGCAUCUGUGGACAACUAUGCAAUCCUUAAUUUGGAUAUUGUUUGGUGCUAUUUAUGCUUGGAGAACAUUAGAGAGCUACCUGAUGCAGAUAAAAGGCUACAGAAGUGUGAAGAAAUGUUCCACAGGAGUUAUGGCCAGUACAUGGAAAGAUUAACAAUUAUCAAAGGUGGAGCAGAUGCAGAAAGAAUAUUGAUGAUGAGACUUCAUCUUCUGAAGGGUAUUGUGGCUUUUCAUCAACACAAUGUUUCAGCAGCUGAUCAUCUUCUACAACAGGCUAAAGAUGAAUAUUUCAUGUUACAAGUGGAUCCUGAGGCUGUGACACAUUUGGUAGAAAUUGGAUUCACAAUCCGGGAGGCACGACUGGGUCUUAGAACCAAUCAAGGCAAUGUGGAGAAAGCAGCUGAAUAUAUCAUGAAAGACAGACAGGACAAGGAGGAGAUCAGGCAGAAGAUAAAAAAGGACAGGGAAGAAAGACAAAAGGCAAAAAAAUAUGGACUCUGCGCAAAUGGAGAAAGCCUUAACAUGAGCAAUGUUGGUCUAUUGGUAAAUAUGCAGUAUCCAAAAAAGGCCGCUAUAAAGGCAUUGAAAAAGGCCAACAAUGAUAUAGAUCAAGCUCUGGAGUUAUUGAAGACACAUCCUGAAUUGAUGGAAACGGACUCAGCAAAUAUAUCACCCAUCCAGCUCAGUGAUAAAGAUAUUGCACAGCUGGUGGAGCUAGGCUUUGAACCUGAAAUGGUUAUCACAGCCUUACAUAAACAUGGAGGUGAUACCAGCAAAGCAGCAGAAGAUCUCAUCAAGUAUGGAGGUGUCCUUCCAAAUAGCUCUGAUGAAUCUUAUUCAGAAGACAGUACACCUUCCACCAGUUCAGAAAGCUCUCCUGAUAAGAGACAACAGCAACAACGGCAAGAGGAAAAUAAAGUCAUUGAUGAACUUGUCUCUGAUCUGCCUCAAGAGGAAGAUGAGCACCUGGACUUUGAUAUGAAUGAUGAAAAACAGUUUCUUGAUCAUUAUAUGGCAUUAAUCCAGAGUCUUAAAUAAUGAGUUAGAUAAUUACACUCAUAUAUGGAGUAAUGAAGGGGGUCUUCAGUAAAUCUACAUAAUUUAUUUAAGGAUAGUAUAAAAGUAUGAAAUGCAUAAUAGUUAAGAUGUUAGAACUUGUGUUAAUGUUACCUUUGCAGGUGUUGUUGAUUUUGUUUUCUUUCUAGAAUAAUCUUCUCUGUGAACCUCUUCAGAUAAACCAUUUGGCAGUUCUACCAUUCAGUACAACCUAUGCAGUAUCAAAAUAACCUGGUUUUUCCAUGGAUGUGUCAUGGCAACUCUGCUAGUUGUCACCUUCCCUUUCUAGUGUCAUAGAAGGGUAGACUUGUGCCUUAUAAUACCUAUCAACUAGUUUGUCUUACUUCAAUAUGGAUAAUUUGUGCUAUUUCGAGUCUCAAUUUUUAUGGAAAUUCAUUGAACUUUAGUGUGCAUAUUCCUGGAGAGAAAUAUAUAUUUUAUAACAGAA